UUUCGUAAAUUGAUAGAAUAGUCUCCAUACAACUUUGAUGAUGCCAAUUUCAUGCUUAUAAAUAGGAGGAUGGUUAGAGUUCCUUAAUUUGUUCACUCAACCCAACCAAAUACUAUAAUCCAUUCAACUAUACAAGGAUUAGCUACUAAUUAAUCUAGGUUUUGGCAGAAGAGCAAACAUAACAGCCAAUUAAGAUCUUGUAAAAAUCAGAUUGAUAUGAAGAAGAAACUGAAUUUGAAAACAAUUCUGCAGUUUGUUUUAUCAGUGUCAGUGUUUUGUUUAUUUGUAUGGUACUCUUCUGGCUUUUUCAUACUUCCUCAGUGUUUCAAUGCUUACUUCUCCACCUGCCUUUUCUCCAUGCUCAGUCCCACUCUUCAAAGAAAAUACAUGUUUAUCAUCUGCAAUGCCAUCCUUGCUCUUCUAGCCAUCUCACCACCUUUUCAUGUACAGCUUCAGGCACAGGUUUCUGAAGAGGCUCUUGGAGAUUUUCUUACUAUUGAAGAAGCGAAAACGCAGGAAGAUUAUUCUGAACAAGUAUCUGCAGCUGAACAUGACACGGAAGUGUUGAUUAUUGGAGAGGAAGAAGGAGAGACAGGAUAUAGUAGUGAAGAUCAACUGGCAAAUACAGAUGAACUGAAUAGAAAGUUCGAAGAGUUUAUAAGGAAAAUGAAGGAGGAGAUCAGGAUUGAAGCUCAACGACAACCAAUUGAAGUGUAGUACUUGCAAUGAUGAUGAUAAUUAUGAUGAUUAUCGUCGCCAAUUAUUAUUCCAAAUGUUUAUGAAAUGUCUGUUCGGAAUGAAUAAAUCCUAAACCUUUAAAAAUAUAUAUUAAAGAUGGAUAACUUUUAAAAAUUAAUUAGAAUCAAAAUAAAAAUUGUGUGUCUAUUAAUAUAAA